AUGGAGAAGGUUGAGUUAGGUGGGAAUGUUGAGAUUAAUCCUCGGGUAGGAAUGAUAUUUAAUUUAGAGAAUGAGACUUAUGACUUCUACAACAGUUAUGGAGGAAUAUUGGGUUUUAGUAUUAGAAGAGAUUUUGCACAUAAGAGCUACAAAAACAAGGCAGUUAUAACUUGUCGGAGAUUUGUUUGUAAUAAAGUUGGUUUUCGGAGAGAAGAUAAGCGAGACAUCCACACUAAAAAACCACAAGCUGAGACAAGAACGGAGUGUCCGGCACGGAUGGGGAUAUACUUGAUGGAAAAUGGAAAUUACGAGUGUCGUGAUUUUGUGGAAAAACAUAAUCACCCCCUUCAUAUUCCAGGUACCACGCAUUUUAUGCGUUCCCAAAGGAAGAUUUCAGAGAUACAUUCAUAUGAAAUGGAUUUAGCAAAUGAUUCAGGGAUCAACCCUAAGGCCAUAUUUGAGUUAAUGGGUAGGCAAGCUGGUGGGACAGAGAAUCUUGGGUACAAGUGUCAAGAUCAGAAGAACUAUCUACGAACUAAAAGACAAAAUUUCUUAUCUUAUGGUGAAGCAGGGAGUUUGUUGAGAUAUUUUGAAGAUCAGAGUAGGAACAAUCCUUCGUUUACAUACUUAAUGCAGUUAGAUAGUGAUGAACAAAUCACUAAUAUUUUUUGGGCUGAUCAAAAAAUGAGAAUUGACUAUGCACAGUUUGGUGAUGUUGUUAGUUUCGACACCACAUUUUGCACUAACAAAGCAUAUAGGUCAUUUGGGAUAUUUGCCGGUUUUAAUCAUCAUAGAGGGGUGAUUAUAUUUGGAGCAGCACUUUUAUAUAAUGAAACGGUUUAA